AUGGGUGGUGGUGGCAUGAUGAAGAGGGAGCAGUUGCUGCCGGUGAAGGUGGUUAUAAUCAACACAGAGUACGUGGAGACUGACGCAGAGAGCUUCAAAUCUGUAGUCCAAAGGCUCACCGGAAAACACUCCACACUGGCGGCGGCGGCGGCGGCGGAGGAGGAGGAGAAGUUAAAACCCCCUAGAAGUAGCGGUGCUUUUGAUAAUUAUUAUCGUGAAACGACGACGUCGGGGGUUCUGGAACGAGGGCUGUCGUUCAAAGAUUUUGAUAGGAUGCUUAAGGAGUUGCCUUCGCUUGAUGAAUUGUAUACAAUUUAUGCCGAAUAA